UCCUGUUGGUCCUUAGAGAGGACAUCCUGGGCUCUCCAAUGAUAUAACAAGUGUGGGGGUUGGGGCUUUUCUAGAAUUUUCUUCCUGAUUCUUCAAAAUCCCUGCCAUCCCUGUGAGCACAUUUUAUCGAAAGAAGAAAGGUAUGUAUAUUAUUUUCUAAUUAUGAGCUUUGUGAGUUUAAUAUUCAGAUUGCUUCUAGUAAAUGAACAUCUAAGGAAUAGUUAGGUGAAUUUUCAGAGCAGUUUAAUUAUUUGUUGGCAUAAAUCAUAACCUGUUUAUGUGUGUCCUACAUAGAGGACAUCAGGAUUUGCUUUUUAUUUUUUAACCUGUUUUAAUAGAAGUCAGCUCACUGACUGAGGCAGAGAAAAUCCUAAACAGGAUUACUGAUGGAGACUCAGACAUAGAUUUGUCAGAUGAGGAGGACCAAGAGGGAUAGAUUGACGGUGAUUUUGAGGUUGGGAAUUCAGAGAAUUAGACAUCAAGUGAGGAAGAGGAGAGUGAAGUUGAGGAUGCAAGGGCCCAUCGCCCACUUUGGACCAAAACUAACACGUAGGCUUCUGAGACAAGAGUAGAUAAGCUUAGACAGAUAAGAGUAUUUUUUGGAUGAACUAUCACUUUUAGAGGACAUAAUUAUUUAACAUAUUUGUUUGUCUCUUAAGAUUCCUGCCUCUGCUGGAAGACUCCGGAGAGUCAAAAUACUUUGAGCAGUGCAUUGACAACAAAGUUUUUGAGGACAUGUCCUUUUGCACAAACCAGAGACAGAUUCAGGUGUCAGGCUCAAGUCUGACUACAACACCUGAGGAGAUUAAGACCUUCUUUGAAGUCUCGGUGUACAUGGCAUGCCUUGGUUACCCAAAAAUCAAAAUGUGUUGGGCCAAAAAAACAAGGGUGCCAAUAGUUGCUGAGUCCAUGACAAGGGAUCGCUUUUUCAAGAUCAGAUGUUCUCUGAAAAUCACUAAUGAUCUUGAUGUAACUGAAGAGGAGAGGAAGCCAAAUAUGCUUUGGAGAGACAGUCCACUUCUGAAGAAGAUGCAACAAGGCUGCCUAAACCUACCCAGGCCAGGAAAUGUUUCCAUUGAUGAACAAAUGAUUCCCUUUACUGGUCGAUGUCCAGUCCGUCAAUUCGUUCCUGGCAAGCCAAAUCCAACCGGAUUGAAGGUGUUUGUUCUCGCUACUCCAACUGGAAUUGUAUUUGAUUUUGAAGUCUACCAAGGAAAAAACACCUCCGUCGGCAGAGACACAGGACUUGGAAUAGGAGCAAAUGCAGUUCUUCGGUUGACUGAGUCCAUUCCCAGGGAAACUCACCUGUACUUUGACAGGUACUUCACCUCAAUAAAACUACUGGAUAAAUUGCUAGAAAUGGGUCUGCCUGCAAGUGGAACACUGAUGAAAAAUAGACUCCCAAAGGAUUGUAACAUUACAUCUCAUAAAGAGUUGAAGAAACAAGGAAGAGGCUCCUCCGUAAUGGUGACAAGGAAGCAUCCUGAGCUGGCUGUGACAAAAUGGGUUGACAAUAAACCUGUACUCAUGGCAUCUAAGAUGCAUGGAAUAGAGCCCCAGGAUACCCGGACCAGAUGGUCACUGAAAGACAAAAGGCAUGUUCAAGUGUCCAGACCUGCAGUGGUGGCAGAGUACAACACCAACAUCGGUUGGGGUUGAUAUGUGUGAUAGAAUACUUAGCUUUUAUAGAAUGGCUAACCGCAUAAGGAAGUGGACUGUACGCACAAUCCUACACUUUUUCGAUCUGGCCAUUACCAACUCCUGGUCACAGUAUAAGGAAGAGAGCCAAGCUUUGGCACAACCUAUGAAGAAAACUCUCCAAUACCAUGACUUCAAACUGCUCUUAGGUGAGGAACUGAUUGCCCAGGGGCAGUCAGGCCAACCCAAUCCAAUUGAAUCUGAUGCGUCAAAUGAUGAGGAGUACGUUCCAUCACAGAAGAGAAGGAGGCCCCAGCCAGAUAAGGAAGUGAGAAAGUAUGGAGCUGUCCAUUUGCCACAGAUGAUGGACAACCCUAAUACUUCCAGGUGCAGAGCAGAAGGGUGCGCUGGAAAAACCUACAUAAAGUGCAUCAAAUGCAACAUGUACCUCUGCAUCUCAAAGAAGAAGAACUGCUUUAUGGACUAUCACAAACCAAAACAGACACACCUGAUUAAACUACACUAAUCAGCUUGCUUUUGAUAAGUUGAAUGAGGUGCCUGGAAAUCUGACCCACUGGCUUAAAUGAUGUAGCCAUUUGAAAUUUACAGCACUAAAGAUUGUCAGAGUUCAGAGGUAAAUGUAUGCCUCGAAAUGUGUUCAUAUUUGCCACAAGAAAGUUCCGAUGUCCUCUCCAAAGGACAUACUCUAAAAAAUAAAUAAAAACAUGUUUUGAAAUUUUUUUAAUUGUAGUGAUGUUUUUUCACUCCAAAGAGUCAUGUAGUGUAAAAAAAAAAAAAAAAUUCAAAAACUUUUUUUCUCUGGGUCUCAGGAGGAUAUAGAUACUGGAGUUUAAAAAUAUUUCUAUAGAAGUAGUGGUAUCAACUCAAACCUUUUACUCAAGUAAAAGUAUGACUACUGGCUUCGAAACUACUAAAAGUAAAAGUAAUUUAAGUAAAAAAGAGCACUAAGGACAACAGCUUAGACAUCCUGCACCAAAGGGACUAUUUCUA